GUGUAGUAAUGUCAAAAGCUUGAGCCAAGCAUCGGGGGCAACAAAACCAUCCGCCGCACCAAAACAUGGCCAAUUUAAUACAGCGAACAUGUGAAUAUUUACUCCUAAAACCGCACGUACUGCAACGAUUCGAUGUUCGGCAGGGUCACAGACUUCGCGGUAAAGCACCCGGCGUGGCUAAAACACUAGCCGAACGGUUACAAGCGGAAAAACUCCAGGAUCCAGACAUUACCCGUCCGGUAAACAUUGGCUUUCCGUACGUUAAACCGUCCCGAUCGUCACAGUUAACGGAGCGGUUGGCGCACCUUAAAUCGCAAAGAAACAAUGCGACGCUGGAGCGACUGUCGCGGGAGCGAAAAUUGGAAGUUGAUCUUGACCAGGUGCGAGGCGAUUGGUUAAAAACCAGUGGCCCAUUCCACGUGAAACGCAUUGCGGAGCAUUACGGUGUGUUCGAGCAUCUGUUCGGCGGGUCAGCGUAUUUUGUGCCCCGCGUUGAACUCAGCAUACAGUACCAGGUGGGCGAUUUGUUACAUCCCGUGCGGUAUGGAAACAUUCUAAAGCCAAGCGAUACGCAAACGGCUCCGAGUGUACGGUUUGAUGCAAAUUUUUCGUUUGCCGGCGAGAAAGCUGAUGAACAGCAGAAGGACAGUUGGUGGUGUCUGCUGAUGACCAAUCCCGAUGGACAUUUUGAGGACAGUGAGAAAGAAUACUGUCACUGGUUUGUAGGCAACAUCCCUAAUGGGGACAUCUCGAAGGGUGAGGAGUUGAUAUCGUACCUCCAACCGUUCCCACCGAAAGGUACCGGCUAUCAUCGGCACAUUUUCGUGCUAUACAAACAGAAUGCACGCAUCGAUUUCUCGCAGUACCGCCGGACGGAGGAAGCGUACGAUCUGCCCGGCCGCACGUUCCGUACGGUCGAUUUCUACCGUCAGCAUCAGGAAACCAUCACGCCGGCCGGGUUAGCAUUCUUUCAAUCGGACUGGGACACCAGCCUGCUCGCGUUCUAUCACGAAAAGCUUCAGCUGCAGCAUCCCGUGUUUGAGUACGAUUUUCCUGCCCCGUACAUUAGGGACCAGGAAUGGUUCCCGCUGCGCAAACCGUUCAACCUGUACAUGGACAAGUAUCGCGAUCCGGCCCAGAUCCGGAAAGAGUAUCUGGAACGGAAGCUGGCCAAAACGCAUCCGUUCGAUGGGCCGGAAAAACCACUUCGGUUCCCCAAUGCGCACCCCGUGAAGGAUGUGCCGUCGUGGUUACGGACGGAAAUUAAAAAGGAUCGACUUGGGUGGGGCAGGAUAAACGAUAUCUAAACACUAGUGGACGGGUCUUAAAUUUGAACCCGAGUUCAAAUAAACUGUUUUGCGUUAGAGUACAUUUAAAACAUAA